AUGUCAAGAAGACGAGGCUAUACUGAUACAAUCAUUCCAACAUCUCCAAAAUAUUCUCCUCUUUAUACAUCCUCCGCACUACUUAUCCCCGAUGCAACCCCUCAAUCUACAUCCUCAUUCAAUAUUCCUCACUCUUUGUCAACCUAUAAUAAAAAAUCCGACUAUAAAUCUCCAAAUUCUUCACUUAAUACAAGCCUCACUGGGUCUCCCGUAAUUCAGUCAGACUAUUUAGAAACUACAACAUCAGGUAAAGACUUUUCCUUUACAUCAAAAAUAAUCCUAGAUCUAAAAUUAGAGAUCAAGCAAAAGGAAUAUCAUAUUAAUGAACUUGAAAAGCUUGUUGAACAAAUGACAAUUACGUUAGAUGAAUUUGAGAAUAAAAUCGAACUGCUUGCCCAAGAAAACGAAAAACUCAAGGGAAAAUACAAAAACAGACAGACAAAUGAUAUAGUUAAACUGACUGAAAAGUGAGAAAAAGAAUUAAUUAAAAGAAAUGAAGAAAUAAGAAAUUUGGAAAAGGUCUUUGAAGAAAAAGAGAAAAAAAGUAAAAUAAUGAUGAGCAUUGAAUUAGAAAAUUUGAAAAAAAUUAUCAAAGAGAAAAAUAGAAGAAUGAAAGAAUUAGAACUUCAACUAAUAAGAAAAGAUGACACAAUUAGAAAUAGAUCAUCAGGUACAAUAAAUAAAGUUCAAUCUUUGCAAGAGGCAGGAAGUGAAGGAAAUUUUAAAAAUUUCCGAAGGUCUGUUAUAAUUGAUUUAGAUCAAAAUGAAAUUAAGAAAGAAGAAGAAAGAUUAUUUACUCAAAAGAUCCAAGAAUUAGAAAAAUUAAACGAAAUAUUGUCAGCAGAAAAUUCAAAGUUGAUAGAAGAAAAUGAAAUGUUGAUGAAGCAGGGUGAUGGGGGAAAUUUAUUAUAUUUUUCUUCUGAUGUUAGAAAAAUUAAGCGAGAUGUUUCGCAGACAUUGAAUGUUCUUAAAGAGCUUAAAGAAGGUAAACAAGUUAAUUUAAAGGUAAUUUUGAUGGGAGAAGAAAAUAUUUAUUCUAAAUCAUCAGCCCAUCAAAUUUCUCGAGAUUUGAUAGGCAUAAAGCAUGAUUUAGAUUCCAUAAGAAGCAUUAUAGCAGAUAUUUACUCUGACCAUACUGAAGGAAAUAUUUGUGUAACCCAAUAA